AUGACCUGGGCAAACAACAGUAUUGUCACUGAGUUUAUUUUGUUUGGAUUUUCUGAUCUUCUUCAGCUGCAGCUUCUGCUUUUUGUGAUAUUUCUGAUUAUGUAUUUUGCCAUGCUGUUGGGAAACAUCUUCAUCGUCUUACUCACAACCACAGAUCCAGCUCUUCAAAACCCCAUGUAUUUCUUUCUCAGGAAUCUCUCCCUUUUAGAGCUAUGUCUCACUUUAGUUAUUGUCCCUAAAAUGCUGGUGAAUCUCCUGUCAGAGAACAAAGCCAUCUCCUUUCCUGGUUGUGCAAUGCAGAUGUUUUUCUUCUUUUUCUUUGGAAGCACAGAGUGUUUUCUCUUAGCUACCAUGGCUUAUGACCGCUAUGCAGCCAUAUGCAACCCCCUGCAUUAUACUGUAAUUAUGAACAAGAGGUUUUGUGUCCAGCUGGCUCUGUUCUCUUGGUUCUCAGGAAUCCCAGUGGGGACAGUCCAGACAACAUGGCUGUUUAGUUUCCCAUUCUGUGGCCCUAAUGAGGUAAAUCACUUUUUCUGUGACAGCCCACCAGUACUAAAAUUGGUAUGUGGAGAUACGUAUCUGUUUGAGAUAUAUGCAAUCACUGGAACUAUUUUAGUAGUACUCUCUCCAUUUAUGCUCAUUCUGGUCUCCUAUGCCCGCAUCAUCGUCACCAUCUUGAGGAUGCCCUCAGUUACAGGCAGGCACAAGGCCUUCUCCACUUGCUCCUCACAUCUGAUUGUGGUGACUUUGUUCUACGGCACAAUUGGACUCACAUAUUUCCGACCAAAAUCCAGUUAUUCUGCAAACACCAAGAAGUUACUGUCAUUAUUUUACACAGUCUUCACCCCCAUGCUGAAUCCCAUCAUCUACAGCUUGAGGAACAAGGAAGUGAAAGGAGCCAUGAGGCGAUUGUGGCACAAAAAAAAUCAGUGCAAUUGCAGCUGUGAGCCAUGA